ACCCCCAAAUUACGUCCAUGCACACAUGUACUUCAUACCCCGCAGCGAGCCGCAGCGCAACACCACUCAUGCUGUGGUCAAUCCAACACGGCUGUGUCAAACUUGGAAUACACGGAUUUGUCUCCUCAGGAAGGCUCCAGGUGUCUACUCCGUCUGCAGAUCUGUGGUACAGUACAGGUGGCUGCUGCAGGCUCUCUGUGGGUCAGAACCAGAACCGAGUCUCAGUAAAGCCUUGUCCCUGAAACGCAUCAGGACCCAGAGGAAACCAACCCUUUGCGGUGGAUCACCUGGUUUGUGUUGUGAAAACGUGCUACCUGUGCUGCUGACAGGUUUGGGUUUGGGUUCUUGUGGUGAUCUAAGGUCAUACGGCUUCACUCGAACGUUUGAGCUUCAGAACCACGAUGUCUGAGACGAAACGUGACUCAGGCUGGAAAACAACCCAGUUGGACAAAAACUGGUAAGGUUUUUUAUUCUCGGCCGUCAAAAACAAAAGUAGCGCUCCUGUCCUCACAAAAAUGAAAACCAAGCAGCUUUACAGCCGAAGAGGAGUGAGGGGGUGGCUGCGCUACUGAAGCGUUUUAUGAAUGAAAGUCAGGGUGGUGACGUCAAUGGGCACCACUUGACGCAUUCGUGUCAUGUGGGUCUGAGACGACGGUCCAGAGCCGCAGCGGGUCUGGUCCUACAACAGGAGCUGUCGGAGCGCGAUCCUGAGGCGCGAACCGGUAGAUAAACCAGCAACAGGCGGGAACCAGCUGCUGUAGGUGGGCCACAUCACGAAGCUCUGAGCCGAGGAGGAGGACAACCCGAGUCCCUGGAGCAGUGCAGCGUGUGCACACGGCGCUCUGCAAGGCUUAGCAGCAACUGAAAGGGAGACAAAACCACGCAGAAAAGCAUCCGAUUACAUGCAUGACAGGUGCAACUCAUCCCAGAACCUGUUCUGUCCGGCCAUGACAAGAUUCCACUGUAGCUCAAGUGUCCUAACCGUCCUGGUCAUCCUCCUGUCCCGUUUCUCCUCUUCCACAACCGACAGCAUCACCGCCCUUGGAGAUGCUAAUAACCAUCACGGAGGUGAUCUCCCUUGGCUUCCAGUGUUGGAAAACAUGGAGGGAAGGCUGGAGCAGAGACAAGAAGUUCUUGAAAGUCAAGAAAAGGAAGGGCAGGAGCUCUUUAAAAAUGUUGAUCCGAAAAGAUUAGCAGCCGUUUUGCUGGAAGCACUGAAUAGCUAUCAUCCUGAACAGGAGAGAGGGACACAUGAUGAGGAGCGCAAUAGGAUUGAAGAAGAUGGGGAGAACGUUACGAAAGAAGAGGCAUACGGGCAGAGAGCAGACAGAGAUGGACGGCAGGAGUUGGAGAUGUGGAUGGCUUUGAAUGGGAAGGAGAGAGAAAGAGAUCGGGAAGAAGAAAGAAGGAAAGCUCGGGAAGAGGAGGAGAAAAUAACUGAAAAGGUGACGAGUCAUACAUCGAGCCGCGUGGUCCAGAUCGAAACUGAGCCGAAGCAAAGUGGUCCUAAUGAAACGGCCGAAAGCGGUACUGCUUCCCAGCAAGAGACAUCCAGCCCUGAGCAAGGACGCAACCAGGAGGAGGAGCAGCUCAGCUCCAAGGAGCUUAAGAGUCUUGAGAAUGUGAUGAAAGAGUUUCCUCGCCUGGACACUAAAAGAGAUGAUUCUGAGCAGCAGCUGAGGGAGAGCAGAGCUUUCAGCAGCUACAACGACAUCCGGCCAGGACCAGGACUCGCCUUGUCCAAGAAAAAACUCAAAUGGCAGGAAGAGACUCAGAAAGCGCUGCAUUUCCCAACAUUUAAAGAGCACAAUUAUUUAGAUCAGUCUAUGGACGACAAUUAUACCAACAAAACAGCACAGUCGAUGUCUCCGGUAGAGCAGGAGGUGACGGCAGAGGAUGGCUCAGAAGAAGCAGAGGAGGCGCUGAGUCCAGAGGAGGAGGAAGCUCAAGCCAGAGUGGAGCAGGAGGAAAUGAUCAGGCAAGCAGCGGAAGCCCAACGAGCCAAGACGAAAGAGGAGGAGUUGGCUGACGUUGCUUCAGACAUGCUGCUGCGUUAUGUGGUCAAACAGAAUAACAUGAACAGGAAGCAUGGCUCGUCUGUGUUCUACGCUGCAGAAGACAAAAGGUCCAACGAGGAGCUGGACAUCACUGAGGACGACCUUGAUCCUCAGACCAUUGACAAGCUGAUUGAGAUCUCUAGCAAGCUCCAUCUCCCUGCUGAUGAUGUGGUGGACAUUAUCACUGACGUUGAGAAGAAGAAGAAAAAGAAGAAAGACAUGCUGCCUGAGAUAGCAUCGCCUUUGCGCACUUCCCCCUCUUCGUUUCUUUCUGCAUGGCAAAUUUUGAACAAUAAGAAUAGUUUCUCAGUGUCUAAGCAACCAUCUCCUGCUAAAGAUCUUUCUAAAAUCUGGUUUCAAGAGAUGAAACCAGAAGGUUUUCAGACAAAAUCAUCCACAUCUUCCCUAGCCAAUCAAAGUUUCUUGCCGAAACCCGAGAAGUCGUUCAAACAGGACCACUGGAUCAAGUCUCCAAAGUCUCUGUGGGCUGCCUACCCUUAUCGCUCCUUCACUUACCCAUCCUACUACCACAGGAAGCCCUUUUUGGACAACUACCCAUUUUCUAUCCCUCCUCUCCCCAGACCUAAACAUUAUUACAUGUCUAAUCCGGCUCUCACACUCAACAACUACCCAGGUACUUCCACUGGUGACUUGUCUCCUAAAAGGCGUUAUCGCAGCCGAGUCCAAUUACAGUCACCUCACUCGCACCUUCAACAGAAGUCUUACUUCAGAUAUCACCCCCCAGUAUACCCCUUGCAAUUUCAGCAAUACUUUAUCCCCAGAGUCAAGCCCCCUUCCCAAACAGGGCCCAGCCCGUCUCAGCUGUACACGUCAGGUCUGGGACCAACAGGGACCAAGAAACAAAAUGAUUUGGAGACUGGAAAGUCAAACAGAAUCAUUCAUGGUGAUCUGGAGAAAUACAUUCAGCAAACUCUCAUGAACAGACAGCAGAUGCGGGGCUGAGGGACGGGUGGAAGCACAGGAAGAUCGAAUGUGAAGAAAAAAAGGACGCAUAUUUUUUUAAGAUUGAUGUCAUUGUUGGCUAACUUCUCUGUUUGUGAUUUGGAUGUGAUUUACAUGUGUAGAAGUGCAGAUGUUGGAUGACCCGAUAGAAACCAUUGCACAACCAAUGAUCAAUCAAAUCAAAGAUACUUUAUUAAUCCCAGAGGGAAAAUAGAGUUUCAGUACACACAAUUCAGAGAUCAGACAUACAUGGGCAAGACACAUGACAAGAAUUGGUGACUGUGGUCAUUCGCAACCCUGAGUCGUGCUACCUUAAUAGAGAUCAGAGGGUUACAUGAGGAUUGGUUCAGGUGGAGGGAAAAAAGGCACUUCAGAGCAGGAGGGCAGCUUUGCUCUGCAAAAAAAAUAACCCACCCCAAACAGAUAUGCAACAGACUUCAGACAACACAACAUAAGUGUCCACUAGGUGGGGUGGUGGGUUGGGACUAUCCCCACUUCAGUUCCUGCAGCCACCAUAAGCAGCGCAUGUCACCUCAGUGUGGAUAGGGGGAGGAGCAUUGAGGGUUGGAGGGUUGCAGUGACCCUGGAACGUUUCAGCGGCCUUCCCGAAGUCCCGCCCAGGCUGGGAUAGGAGACAGAGUUGAGUUGCCAUAGCGACGGCACAUUCCACAUAUCUUCUGAGGGGGGAGUUUCGUUGUAGCCUUGCAGGCUCAAGGACGCCAGAUUCCGAUUAGAAAUUGUUUUGGGGACAGACAGAGAUAAUUUCCUCUCUGUCUUACAGUUUGUUGGUCCUCAACCUCUCAGAAUCCCAAUAAUGGACGUUAAUCUAUCCCAAUCCGUGCUGAUUCGUCCACUCUCUCCUUGAUGGCAUCCAUCUUUUGUGCCAAUAAUGAAACUCGGCCAAAGUCCCAAGCUUACGGUUCAUCUCGACAAUUAUGUGAGUCUGUGAAUUCACAGCGCGGUGCAAACCAUCUCUGAGCUCCGGGAUCCGGCCAAUAUUCCUCAACAGCUCGUUAAUUUUUCGGUAAGCCAGGUAGCCUCCAAGGCCAAUGAGCAGGAAACCUGACACCAACACCUAGAUAGAAACCAUUGCACAACCAAUGAUGUAACAGAACAUCAUGACAACACUCUGUGUUUAAUUGUCUCUCUAUAGAAGGAUUCUUGAAUAUGAUGUACAGAUAGUGGCGGGGGAGGGAGGAUGGUGACAGAGACAACAUGCUAGCUCGGUCCUCUUAACCGUACCAAGACUAAGAUGUCACCAUAUCGCAGCCUUUUUGGCAUUGAGCGAUUUUACUGAUCAAUGCCAAAAGGCGCCCACAGACACCAAUCACAUACAAAAAAGUUUUAUUCCUUAAAUAAUACAAAAAUUAACGAGACAGGUUUUGUUUCAGACAUGUAAGGUGGUGUUGUGAGUUCUUAUUUAUUUUGUCAAAACAUGUCAAAGUAAAUAAGAACACCACCUUACAUGUCUGAAACAAAAAUAGUCUUAUUAAUUAUCUAGAUGAGAACACAAUGAAGGUUGUAAAGUACUUAAUUAAUACAUUUGGGGGAUGGGGAGAGCAGAGUUCAAUGGUCAAAAGAAAUGCCGUUCUUUUACAGCAGUAUAGGACACCACAAAUCUCUGGGAAUUACAGCGAUGUGGGGAGACUUUUUUGGUAUUGGGGGUUUGGAAACAGCUCCUUCCAUUCUUCUUCACCAGUAUCCCUUCCACGUUUACAAAUGCUGCUUGUUUAAUGACGUCUGCGAUAAAAAUCCUUCUGAGCUACAACCAAUCAGCACGACACGACAAUUUGAAUAAAUGCAUCUGAUACCCCAGAGCAGAACAUGUUCCUGAUGAAGCCUGGUACACGAUCCUGAUCAUGCACACACACACACAUACACACGCACACACACUUACACACACACACAUACACACACCCACACACACAUACACACACCCACACGCAUGCACAAACACACACGCACAUACACACGCACACACACAUACACACACGCAUGCACAAACACACACGCACAUACACACACACAUACACACACGCAUGCACAAACACACACACACAUACACACAC